ACAAGAUGAUGUGAAGUGAAAAAAAAACAUUGAAAGCGUCUCUAUCAUUCAGAGCAGCAGCAGCAGCUUCAGGGGUUUUUAACUCUACAAAAAUGAGUGAAUCACUGGUGGUGUGUGAUGUGGAUGAAGAUCUGGUUAAAAAGCUGAAGCAGUUCCGUUUCCGGAAGGAGACCAACAACGCAGCCAUCAUUAUGAAGAUCGACAAAGACAAGCAGCUUGUGAUUCUUGAAGAGGAACACGAGGACAUUUCUCCUGAUGAUCUAAAGGAUGAACUGCCUGAGAGACAGCCGAGAUUUAUCGUCUACAGUUAUAAAUACCAACAUGAUGAUGGACGUGUGUCCUAUCCUCUCUGCUUCAUUUUCUCCAGUCCAGUGGGUUGCAGACCAGAGCAGCAGAUGAUGUACGCAGGAAGCAAAAACAAACUGGUGCAUACCGUGCAACUGUCCAAGGUGUUUGAGAUCAGAAACACAGAGGACCUAACGGAGGAAUGGCUUAGAGAGAAACUUGGGUUCUUCGGCUAAAGUCGUCUCAUCCAGUCGUCUGGUAUGUGAGGAGGAUCCAGAUUGCACAACUUGCGUCAUCUCUUCGGGAAAACACGUCACAGUUAAUGUUUCCCUCCUCUUUGUGCCAGACCUGAUUUAAGUAGUGUUUCUGUACUUAGUUUUAGGCCUCUUUGGUAGAGUUUAGGGCAUAUUACAAUCCAGUGUGCCAGAAGGUUCAGACAGUCACAGGAGUUUGUAUACUUUUCUGUGACUGUCGAUACAUGUGGCACUAAUUUAACCUCACCCAGCCUAAAACUGAAAAUACUAUUUGACGCAGGUCUCUGUUUGUGUCCUAUACAAUCUCUCCAUGUGCCAGUUAUGUGUCUGUAUUGAAUUAACACUACCAUAGCUCUUAAAGAGGACAGAAAUUGAUAGUACUCAUCUGCCAUUCCUAAGCAUGUUCAGUCAGGAGAAUUUAAAGGUGUUGUAACAAUGGUUUCCUUAAAUAGUUUUACUCUCAGCAUUUUGUUUUUUUUGUAACUCUGAACCUCCUGAGUUUCACCUUUUUUAAUGUUUUUUUAAUAAUUUGAGGGAUUCUUACUUUUAGAUUUGUUUUUUGUGUUUUUCUGGUGUAUGUAGGGUUAUGUAAGCAGCAUAUACUUUAGAGCAGUAAUUAGCUUUUGUUGUGAAAACACAUCUGAACAGUCAUAGCUACAAUUCAGAGAAUAAUAUAUAGGUCAGUUUCAGUCAGUCUCUCCUAUACUUUUAAUUUAAGGUCACUUAAAUUUAUAAUUUAGGUAACAAACUGUAAAUAACAAAAACACUAAGGCUAUUUGACAAGUGGCACUUAGGACUUAUAUCUGUGUUGUACGUUCCUAUGUGGACAAGCUAGCAGAAGCCCUCGGGUGGUACUUAUCACGCUGCAGAUUUGCCCUUCAGUCCAUCGUCAGAUCACAUCUUUUCGUCUCUGUUUAGAGAAAAAACAGUGUGACUCACUGGUAAAGCUGUAUUUCUGCCUUUGACCUGCAUAUGUGUUACAACAAUAUCACACUCCUGAAAACAGUAUUUCCACUCUGAAACAUUCCAUACUCAACAAUUCAUUACUUGCAACAAACCUCCGUCUCUGGCGACCAUGACAGUCUUGAAAACAAUGCACACAGCGGGGGCAUUACCUGCCCUUUUUUUAAUCUACUGGGCUACUCUGUGUAAGUGGGUCACUGUGUUUUUAAGGAGAUUGUUAGCUAAUAUCGUGCAUUAUAGCUAUUGCUGUUAUUAGUGUUUAUGAAUGUUGUGCUUCAUUCUGAUGUAAAGCCACUUUGUUUGCUUAGUGGUAGUCACAGCCUUGAGAAUGAUGGCUGUGACUUCUCCAAAUGCCAGUUGUGCUUAAUAUUUAGACUUGGUUGGUAAAGGACAGUGUCUGAGUAAUUUACAUUUUCCAUACAGAACAGGGUUGGACCAAUAUAGCUUGAAGGCUGAUAAUGAUAUUUGUGUCCCAGCAGCUCAUAUUUCAUGCCAGUAUCUAUCUUAAUAUUGACAGUACAAGUAUUUUUACAGUUACACUGUUGAUCUGUAUUCUAUCAUGCUGGAUCUGAAAUGAAACACAUAUUGAGGUAAAGUGAGUGAUUUUAGCUUUUAGCACACUUUAAUUCCAAUGUGCCGCCAUACAGAGUUAAAACAACAUAAAAUGUCACUUUCUGGACAUUUAUGGACUCUGUUGUAUGUAUUUGGCUAUUUUUCCUGCCCAAAAGUGGCAGUUUGUCCUUGUUUUCUGCUGAAGGUCAUCUAAAAUAGCAUUUAAACCAGCUACAAAAAAUGUACUGCAGGUGCUACAGAUUGGUUUUAUGUGAGUGGUGAGUGAGAAACCUCCAUUAUAUCAGUAGUGGAUUUCUUAUUCUUAAAGCUUAAUAUCAGCUCUGUGUAUUGGUCUGGCCCUAAUAAAGAAUAAUAGGCACAAAUGAAUUCUGCAUUUUUACUUGUCAGUGUCAUUUCUUAUCGAGAAAAUCCUACUUUAGAAACCAAUAUUGGAGGGUUGUGGUUGAUUUAAAGCCCCAAGGCAAGAAAUGACCACCUUAUGUAUGAUGUCAUACUGCUAAGUCUACCAUACCAAUGACUUGUCUUAAUUUUUUGUUGUUGUUGUAUUUACAUCUGUUUAGUUUUUGUUUUUUUAUCAUGAGGCCAAAAUGAAAUAUAACACAAAUAUGUUUUGUGAGGGGAAAAAUAGAAAGUGAAUGGAUACGCUUUGUUGGAGAAUUAUGUUUUUUAAGACACUAUUUUCUUUUUAACUUUAUGAUCUGAAGUCCAUGAGACCUCAUUUUUUUUUUCUAUUUAAGUAUAAUCUUGGUUAUAAUAUAUAACAAAAGCAGUUUUUAUUUUCUAGAGGCCUGACUCAAAGAAAUGUACGCACAAUCACACCAUUUCAUGUAAAUGAUUUAUUGAUGUCAGACAUUAAUCAUUUUAUGAUUCCACAUGUCAGGACAGGGUUUAAUCCAACAGGAACAAUGGGGCAUAACUGUAAUCACUUGUUUUGCUGUUCGAAGCUAAGAUUUACACUGUCAGCUUGAUAUUAGACAGUAUUACGCUGCUGUUGCAGAGAAACGUAACUAACAUAGGUGAUUCUCAUGUUUAUAAUGGUUUCUGUUUUCUUUUUACUUGAGCUGAAGUUGUGCGCUGUCCUUUAUUGGUAAAGGAAGUUUUAUCACCCUAUGACCUACAAAACUCAAGGUAAAUUUAGCAAAGCAAAUGUAGUCAAUCUGAAAUCAAAGACAUGGUUUGUUUCACUCUGAAACAGACUUUGAUUUUAAAAACAUGUGCAAUGUCAUGUGUUUUUGUUGGGAAUAUAUUUAGCUGAUAUCUUUUGAAACCUGUAAAAUGUGGAGAGCUACUGUAAAACAAGUGCAUGCUUUAAUGUAUGUCUGAACAGUUUUCAUAAACCUGACAGAAAUUUCCUAAUGACAUUCAAAAAUGUGCUGCUCUGUCACAUGCACUCUUUUCAGAACAUUUUACAUGAUUAAGUUAAUUUGAUUAGACUGCUUCAAAAAAAGGGACAAUACUGGCUUCUCAUACAUCUGGUCUCAGCAAUGUUCUUACUACUGACAGUACUUUGAAGAAAAACUCUGCUAUGGACAUGGGUUGUAAUAGGCUGUCCAUUGAUCAUGUACCCUAAUCAAUCUCCCCGUUAUACUGAUAUUUAGCCAUGUAUCUGACUAUGUCUGUGGAUCUAUGUGGUGAACCUGUUGUACAUUUGGCCUCCUGAGUCUUUUAACUUGCAAAUGUGUUGUUCAGCUCUUGGUGUCAUCUCUGAUCAAAUGCCUACUAUUCUGUUUUGUUUCAUUUUUAAUAAAAACACACCUGAGACAUGUACCAUAACCAGCUGCCUCAUGGCAUCAGUGAAACUUGAGAUAUUUGUAUUUUCCCAUACUUUAUAAAGUGUCUGUUGUCCUAUUGUCCAAAUAAAAUGACAGUGGUGUUUA